CCCGUACUUCGUACUUAUAAGCAAAUACGGCAAGUUGGGAGGAGUUGAUUGCUUAGUGAUGAUAAUAAUACAUUGUUAACAACUUACCAAGUGUCCUCUUCCGGUUCCGACCCGCUUCGGCCUCCGCAGUCUUUCCGCCGCGGAAGCUUCCCCCAACCGCGCUACAUUUGGGCUGUUACGGCUGUUACUUUAUUACUUCAUCAACAAACUCUCCCCCGAUUUCAUCAUCGGCAGUUCGAACCUGCCCACUUUCCCCCUCUCGCUGAACAUUCAUCCAUCCCCAACCACUACACAACAAGAAGAAAAGAAAGAUGGUCCGCCUCAGCCAUCUGGCCAGCUACCUGACCCUGGCAGCGGCGACCGCCAGCGCGGCCGUCGUCGACCUGGUCCCCAAGAACUUCGACGAGAUCGUCCUGCAGUCCGGCAAGCCGGCGCUGGUCGAGUUCUUCGCCCCCUGGUGCGGCCACUGCAAGAACCUGGCCCCGACCUACGAGGAGCUCUCGCAGGCCUUCGCCCACGCCACCGACAAGGUGACCGUCGCCAAGGUCGACGCGGACGAGCACCGCGACCUGGGCCGGAAGUUCGGGGUCCAGGGCUUCCCCACGCUGAAGUGGUUCGACGGGAAGAGCGACACUCCGGAAGACUACAAGGGCGGCCGGGAUCUAGAGAGUCUGUCGGCGUUUAUCACGGAGAAGACGGGCGUCAAGCCCCGCGGCGGUGCGGCCAAGGAGCCCAGUGCCGUUGAGAUGUUGACGGAUGAGACGUUCGGGAAGGUCGUGGGUGGGGAGAAGGAUGUUCUGGUCGCGUUUACGGCGCCUUGGUGUGGGCACUGCAAGAACCUGGCUCCGACCUGGGAGACGCUGGCGAACGAUUUCGCGCGCGAGGCCAACGUGGUGAUCGCCAAGGUCGACGCCGAGGGCGAGAACAGCAAGGCUACCGCCAAGGCCAACGGCGUGACGGGCUACCCGACCAUCAAGUUCUUCCCGCGCGGGUCCACGGAGGCGACCGUGUACAACGGGGCGCGCUCGGAGCAGGCCUUCGUCGACUUCCUGAACGAGCACGCCGGCACCCACCGCGCCGUCGGCGGCGGGCUCAACGCCCAGGCCGGCACCAUCGCCGCGCUGAACGAGCUGAUCGUGGCCGGUGGCCCCACCUCUGCCACCCUGAAGGAGGAGAUUAAGAAGGCCGCCGAGGGCUUGACCGACCAGUACGCCCCGUACUACGUCAAGGUCGCCGACAAGCUGAGCCAGAACGCCGAGUACGUCACCAAGGAGCUGGCCCGCUUGGAGAAGAUCCUCGCCAAGGGCGGCUCCGCCCCGGAGAAGCUGGAUGAUCUUGUCUCGCGCAGCAACAUCCUGCGCCAGUUUGUUCUGGAGGAGGCCCACGAGGAGAAGGAUGAGUUGUAGAUAUCUUGUGUUUUCGUUUGAGGGUGGGGGGGGCAAGCGGAUUGGAAGAUGCAGGGUGCUACGGCUGUGACUUCGGUCCUCUGUUGUGUCUCUAGUGAACUUAUCAAUCGGUCCUUGUAUGAUACCAGGGAAAAUCAAGCGAUUCUAUGACGAUGAUGAUAAGGACUCUCAUCUAUGCUAGCCUCCUCCCCCAGGAAAAAAGAAAGUAUGCUCAAUACAAGCCACCACGAUUGCAAUGCAGGUA